ACAGUCCUGCCCCCUCGUCGAGGUGGACUUUUUCAAAUGAGUUCAAGUUUGCUGGAGCAACAAAUGUCAAGCAUCACGUGUUUGUCAUCCCACUUACAGUUAUGGGAAUUCGAUUGUGAUCACAUACUUUGCAGGGAAAUGUUAAACCUCGAAACACCAUGAGCCCACAAGGGACUUCUGCUUCUGCUCUGGGAUUUUUUUCUGAUCACUUACAGGACUACAGUACUAAAUACAUUUUACUUUGAGCCGCCUUUUAAAGGAAGCACAGAGGCUGGAGUGAAAGAGCGCUGGAGGCUACCACUAGAAGAAGAUGCUGUUGAUCCUGAUACUUACUGCUUUGCUGCGUAGAGCCUCCACAUCGCAGAUCACUGGCUAUGGAAAUAAAACAGCUGACUAUGGCGGGGACGCCCACUACUCAUGCUCAUUAGCCGACUCCACAGGUGUGCUCCAGGUCACAUGGCAGAAGCUUUUCAAUGAAGAGGUCAUUGAGAAUUUGGCAACCUACAGCAAGAGGUUUGGACAGCAAGUAAAUGAUCCUCACAGGGGGAAAGUGAUCUUCACGGAGGCGUCGCUCAGCUCGACAUCCAUCACUCUGAGGAACGUAACAUGGGGGGACGAAAGCUGUUAUAUUUGUUCUUUCAACGCGUACCCUGAUGGGUCCAAAAGAAAGCAGACCUGCCUCACCGUGAAAGGGAUAUCCAAGGUGAGCACGGAAGUGCAACCUCCUAAAAGUGAUCGUGAGGACGAGGACGUGGAGGUUGUGUUCAGCUGCUCUGCUACAGGUAAACCAGCUCCAACCAUUCACUGGGACCUCUCGCCGGGUGCCACCAGCUCAGACCAACCGCUGACCUCGACAGAAACAAACGGUGACCACACAUUUACCAGCAGCAGGAACGUCACCCUGCAAGUACCCGCAGGCUGGACGGGACACGUGGACUGUCUGCUGAACAGGGGAGCGGCGGGACAAAGGCGCGAGAGGAUUCCUUUUUCUUUACCUGCCAGGAAGAAGGAAGAGGAGGGGAGAGGACUGUCUUCGGUAGGGAUUGCACUUGUAAUCACUGCAACUGCUGUGUUGCUCAUUUCAUUGCUUGCUGCUGCAAUGACACGAAAAAGGUUAAAGGGUACCAGAAGAAAUGAAAAUGUUGUAUGAGCCUUUCACUCGAGCAAUAUAAAAAUCUGCAUUUUAUUGCAUCUAAACUGUAGAGGUGGAACGGUGAGUUAAGCUAUUAUUAGGCUAUCUACCUUGUCUUUUUCAGUUCAAUGCUCAGCACUUUAACUAUUUAUGGAGCUACAAGCAACUUGUUCAGGCUUUGCAGAAAGCAAAGGUUUAGUAUUAGAACAGAGCAACUCUGAGGUACAGUGAGCAGAACAAUAUGUGGUUUACAAAGAGCAUAAUUCACUUUUAGGCAGUUAACGUCGCUCUUGUUCACAUUUACUGUGAUUGCAACAUAGUCCAGUCGUAAAAGUUUGCUUCGAACUAUCUAGCAGGCUGGUUAUCAGCACAACAAGCUGAUGAGUUUAGAUGAAAACGAGCAAAUGUGCCGUGGAGCUAUAGUGCCAUCUAGUGAACUUUGUGGGGAAGAAGACGAGCCCAAGUUCUCACCAAAGAAUUUGAUAGAUUUCUACAUGUUGUUGUUUUGCACAGCAAAUUGGAACUGUUUAUCUGAGUAAGUUAUCUUUAAAGUCGACAUGUGAAUGUGAUUAUUGUAUUGCAAAAUUAUCAUAUUUAAAUCCAGCUAUAUGUAUACUGAUUAUUCAUAAUAUAGUACACAAUAGACAUGAUAUAUAAAGAAUUGUGUUACACUUUAAUGAUCACCUGUACAAACAUUUAUUGCUCAACUGACUGUAAGGUUGUAACUGUGUGACAUAUACUGUAUUUAAGUCUUGUUUUGACUCAUCACUGUCAAAAUGUACAAAGUUUCAAAUGAUCUUAUCUGUUUAUGUUUUAGUAAUUUAUUCUCUGGCACAUUGCAUAUGAAUAUGUAUUUUUGUUUGGUUAGUAAAGCAUUCAUGUUUUAAGUGAUUUCACUUAUGUUCACUACAUGUUUUCUGUUGCUCUGGGUUAUAUCUAUAAGACAUUUAUUAAGCAAAUAAGCAGCAGAACAACAGAGUCAGACCAGACUCAUUGUCAUUCAUUCUAUUCAUAUAUAUGACUGCGAGGGGUUGUUUCUUAAUGAUCUGGUAAUAAACAUCAUGGGACACUGAAUCACAGUUCAGAAACCAAGAUGCCCGACUUCCCACCAAAGCACGUGUGAAAACAUGCAAGUGCUCUUAUCUUCCUCAUCACUGCACCAACCCGUCACAAAGGACCUGAGAAGGAAUGGAGAAAUAAAAUAAUGGAGCCAAAAAACCUUCAGUUUAAAUGUCU